GCCGCCCGGGUGCCGGCCACACUGGAACCACCCACCGAGCCACCGCGCAGCAUGCUCCCUGCCCUGCUCCUCCUGCCCGGCCUCCUGGGGGCCGCCCUGGCCGGCCCCGUGCAGGGCUCCCCGGAGUGCACCCGGGGCUCUGCCGCCUGGUGCCGGGACCUGCAGGCCGCAGCCCGGUGCGGCGCCCUGGGGCACUGCCGGAGCGCCGUCUGGAGCAAGCCCAGCGCCAGGACCCUGCCCUGCGACGUCUGCCUGGACGUGGUGGCUGCCGCCGGCAACGGCGCGAACCCCAACACCACCGACGCCGAGGUCCUGGCGCUGGUGACCAAGACCUGCGAGUGGCUUCCCGUCCAGGACGCUUCGGCCAGAUGCAAGGAGAUGGUGGACGCCCACGGCCCGGCCGUCCUCAGCAUGCUGGGGGGGCCCCCGGGCAGCGCCCCCCCGCAGGUGUGCACCGCACUCACCCUCUGCCGGCCGCUGCAGAGCCUCCCGGCGGCCACCCCGGGGCCGCUCUCCGAGGAGGACACGUCCGAGCUGGCCGCCCCCUUCAUGGCCAACGGGCCGCUCAGCUUCCACCUCCCGCCCAUCCCUGAGGACCCCGUGUGCCGGGACUGCGUCGGGCUGGUCGCCCGGCUCCAGGAGGCCGUGGGCUCCAACGUGUCGGCGCUGGCGGACGCGGUGACGCGGGAGCAGUGCCGCUCCCUGGGGCCCGGCCUGGCGCUCGUCUGCAGGGACUACAUGCAGCGGUUCCUGGGCCCCGGGGACCACAUGCUGAGGCUGGUGCUGCCGGAGGAGACCUGCGAGAGGGGCGGCUUCUGCGAGGCGCUGCCCGGGCCGGCCGAGCCCGCCGCCCCCGCGCUGGGGCCGCUGUCCGCGGGGCGGGGGCCGGAGGCGCAGAUGCAGGCCGGCCUGACCUGCGACGUGUGCCUGCAGGUGAUCCACGAGCUGGACCGGUGGCUGGACUCCAACAGCACCGAGGCCCUCAUCAGCCAGGCGCUGGAGCGCGUGUGCGGUGUGAUGCCCGCCUCCAUCGCCCAGCAGUGCGUCACCAUGGUGGACGCCUACAGCCCCUCGCUGGUGGAGUUCGUGACCCGGGUGCCCCCCGAGAAGGUGUGCAGGGCCGUCCGGCUCUGCGGCGGCGAGGGCGGCGGCCGGCGGCGGCGGCGGCACGCCCGGCCGCUCCUGGGGCCCCGCGCCACCCUGCUGCCGCCCCUGCUGGACCGGGACAACCAGGGCAGCUUCUGCAACGGCUGCAAGCGGCUGCUGGGCGUGUCCUCCCGCAACCUGGAGCGCAAGAGCACCAGGCGCGGCAUCCUGCAGGCCUUCAAGGGCGGCUGCCGCAUCCUGCCGCUGCCCUACAUGAUCCAGUGCAACCGCUUCGUGGACGAGUAUGAGCCCGUGCUCUUCUCCACGCUCUCCGAGGUGAUGGACCCCGCCCUGCUGUGCGCCAAGGUGGGCGCCUGCCACGCGCCCCGCGCCCCGCUGCUGGGCACCGACCAGUGCGUGCUGGGCCCCAGCUUCUGGUGCGCCAGCCCCGAGGCCGCCCAGAUGUGCGACGCCCUGGAGCACUGCCAGCGCUUCAUGUGGAAGAUGAGGCCCUUCAACUCCGGGGAGCCCGAGUGCCCCCCCAGGGCGGCCCCCGCACCCUGAGCCCCGGGGGGACUGCCCUCCAGCUUCCCGGCCGGGGACCGAGGCGCGGGGAGGAGGCGGGCCGGGAGCAGGCCGAGGCGCCCAUCCCCGUCCUCACCGACCACGAUGCCGUGGCUCUGCCCUGUAAGUCUCCCCCAGACCGGGACAAGCUGCCGGGCCCGGCCCCGCCCCGGCCACCGGCCCCGCAGCCCCCGUCGCUGUGCUGGGCGGACAGCGGGCCCGUCGCGGCCGGUGGUGCCCGCUCCGCACCCUGCUGAUGGACGCCUGGCUGGGAGCCCGGCUGGCUGAGCGGGAGCAGGGGAGGGGGCGGGGCAGAGGGGCCAUCACAGGAGGGCCCGUCCCUCUUGUCCAACAGCUGGGGGCGGGGCUGUGUCUCCUCCACGGCCACCCCCCACUGCUCAGGCCAGCGCUUCUCGUCCCGGGGUCCUUGGGGUGGGGGGGGGGUGUCUCGAAGGUGUGUGAGGUGUGUCUGUGGGCCAUUCUGGGGAGGAGGCUGGACUCUGCAUCUCCCAGGGGUGCCGGGCUCCCCAGUCCUCCCCCCGCCUCAGCCCACGGGCCCCCAGACACCCCGCCGCCCCGGUCCCAGGCAGGGGAAGCCUGCACUGCCCUACGAGGAGAGGAAAGCGUGCCGGGUCUGGGGUGGCUUCUGGGCUGGGAGCCUUUCGGUGAUGAGCAAAUCCUCCCCCCGUCGGAGCCUCAGUGUCCGGUCUGUAGAACAGGGGGAUCAGACACGUCUUGUGAGGAUGGUGACACAAUCCAAGGAGUUUCUCCCACAGGGACCACACCGGUCCGUCCGCCGGGCCCCACCCCCGGCUCAGGUCCCGGAGAGUCUGGCUGUGCAGGCGCGGAAUAAACGGAGCUUCUCC